GUCUUAAGUCUCCCUUCCUCAAGCUUUGCUAUUUUCUCGAUAACAACGGAGAGAGAAAAUCAAAGCAAAAAAGUGGCUCUUUGAUAAUCUAGAGAGAGAGAGAGAAGAGAAAGAGACAGAUUUGAUUGAUUUUUCAACAUUUAGAGAGAGAGAGAGAGACAGCUUUCUUCUUCCGAUUCUUCGCCAUUUGCGCCAUGAUUGAUUCAGUGUAGAAGGCAGAUAUACCCACCAUAUUUUCUUCCGGGAAGGUUUAUCCAAGCUUGAACCUUUAGCGUUUUGAUUCUCCGAAUGGUGGAUUUUACCGCUCUCGCUGUGGCAUUAUCCUUUGAUCUCGAUUUCAUCCACUGAAUUCGGGAAAAUGGGUGACACGGAAAAGGGCAACACGGAUAUGUUGCAGCGAAUUCAUUCUUCGUUGGGUACAUCGUCUUCAUCCAUCCCGAAGCAGCCCUUGUCGAUGAAUCAACAGCUCGAUAUCCCGCAUUUGAACCCUAAUCUCAUCCGCUCCCCGCAAUUCCCGCAGUUCCCGCAACCUUUCAACAGUAGCUGCAGCGGUGCCGGCGACAGUGGCAGGCGACUCGGUAUACCGCCGUCUCCCCCGAAUCCGAUCCCGCCCAUUUCGCCGUACUCUCAGAUCCCGGCGACCCGACAACCCGCUUCGCAGAAUUUCAACCCGGGACCCACUCAUUCUCGGUCCCUGUCGCAGCCCUCGUCCUUCUUCUCUUUCGACUCCUUGCCGCCGUUGAGCCCCUCACCGUUCCGCGAUUCUCCGUCGGCAUCGGAUCAUGACGUGCCGAUGGAGGAUAGGGACUCCUGCGGACUCAACCCUUCGUUGCCCCCGUCCCCGUUCACAAGGUGUAACUCGAGCUCAAGCUCCUCGAGGGUUGGCGACAGUCUUCCGCCGAGAAAGGCUCAUAGGCGGUCUAACAGUGACAUUCCCUUUGGGUUUAACUCGAUGAUGGUUUCGAAUUCUGCACCUUUAAUCCCUCCGAGGCCCGUGGAGAGAUCGGUUUCUGGCGGGGAGGGCACUGAUUGGUCCAAAACCGCUCAUCUUGUGAAGCGGGAAUCAAGCUGUGAAAGAGAAGGCGCCGGGGAAAGAAAAUUGGAGGGUGAUGUUGUGGACGACUUGUUCUCAGCGUAUAUGAAUCUGGAAAACAUUGAUGUUUUGAACUCCUCGGGCGCUGAAGAUAGCAAGAACGGUAAUGAGAAUCGGGAAGACAUGGAAAGCAGUAGAGCCAGUGGGACAAAGACGAAUGGUGGCAAUAGCAGCGAUACUGAAGGUGAGAGCAGUGUGGAUGAGACUGGAAGUAGCUUUCAGAAGAUUGGGACAGGUUCUAUGGGUGAAAAGACAGAAGGCGUGAAGAGAAGCGCGGGCAGAGACAUUGCUCCUACGAGCAGACACUACCGGAGUGUUUCCAUGGAUAGUUGUUUCAUGGGGAAGUUAAAUUUUGGCGAUGAAUCACCAAAGCUGCCACCUUCUCCUGGAAAUCUAACUGGAAAGGUUUCCCCGACCAAUUCAUUCGAUGGGAACUCAAGCAAUUUCAGCCUUGAACUUGGGAACGGUGAGUUUACUGCAGCGGAGAUGAAGAAGAUCAUGGCUAAUGAGAAACUUGUUGAGAUUGCAGUGAUUGACCCUAAGCGUGUCAAAAGAAUCUUGGCAAACCGUCAAUCAGCUGCACGUUCAAAGGAGAGGAAGAUGAGAUACAUUGCCGAGUUGGAACACAAGGUUCAGACCCUUCAGACUGAAGCUACUACAUUGUCCGCUCAGCUUACGCUUUUGCAGAGAGAUUCGAUUGGGUUGACGAACCAGAACAAUGAGCUGAAGUUUCGUCUUCAAGCGAUGGAGCAGCAGGCUCAACUCCGAGAUGCCCUAAAUGAAGCACUGAUGGGGGAGGUGCAGAGGCUGAAGGUUGUGACGGGGGAGCUGAGCCACAGCGGUGGCAGAGAGUCUGAGAGAUCAAAGCUGCAGGCCCUGAACCCUGAGAUGUUCCAGCAGCUCAACAUCAGCCAGCCCCCAUCCAACCAGAACGGAACCAUCACCACUAAGCCUGAAUCCAACGAAUAGGGUGAGGAGGUGGUUUGGUGGGAGUUUUACUUCACAUAGUUUUCAGCUAUAUAUUAUAUUUAUUUGAUGUGCAGAGUCGGUUAAUACACAUGGGUCAUGUCCAAGAAAUUCAGUUAUACUUCCAGAAUACAUUUUCGUUAAUUUUAGAAUAAUGUAGAUAUAUAUACAUAUAUAUAUAUGUAUGUUUGUGAUGGAGGAGGGGUUUGGACAUAUAGACAGAGAUUUGUCUCCUCUGUUUUGCUUGCUUAACUCUGUUGUCUUUCAAUC